AAUUGCAUUCCAGCCGGGCAGGGCCCACACCACAAUUUUUUCCAAUUUACGUCCUCUGUUGUAUUUGUACCCGUUAUCUCCUCGCCGUGAUACACAAGUCGGCUGGGUAAUUGUCCAACUGUUUCCUUCACCACCAUAAAUCAAUCAUAUUUGUAUUUCUUCGUUGGGAACCCAAUUUCAUUCUCUGAGAUUCACAAUUGCUCGAAUGGCUUCCAAACGCAUACUCAAGGAAUUGAAGGACCUGCAGAGAGAUCCGCCCACUUCGUGCAGUGCAGGCCCUGUGGCUGAAGAUAUGUUCCAUUGGCAAGCAACCAUUAUGGGUCCUGGUGAUAGUCCUUAUGCAGGAGGUGUAUUUUUGGUCACUAUUCACUUCCCACCAGACUACCCAUUCAAGCCUCCAAAGGUUGCCUUCAGGACAAAAGUGUUUCAUCCAAAUAUCAAUAGCAAUGGGAAUAUUUGUCUGGACAUCUUGAAGGAGCAAUGGAGUCCUGCAUUGACUAUUUCCAAGGUGUUGCUGUCAAUUUGCUCAUUGCUCACUGACCCAAACCCGGAUGAUCCUUUGGUUCCUGAAAUUGCCCAUAUGUACAAGAAUGAUAAAGGGAAGUAUGAGUCCACUGCACGCAAUUGGACCCAAAAAUAUGCUAUGGCCUAGACUAGUAUCGUUGUAAUAUUCUCUUGCCAGAUGAAUGUGCGAUUCAUCUGUUUGGAGGAUUAUCUUGGUCUUAAAUAAAAUAAUAUAUAUUUUUUGUUA